AUGUUAUAUUAUCGUUGACUUACACAAUGUUUUUAGUUAUUCCUGCCGGUAUACAGCAAUUACCCUAUUACCAUGCCCAACGACCCAAAUUUAUGAAUUUCGGAGCAAUGGGAUUUGUUUACAGUCACGAAAUGCUUCACGGAUUUGAUAUGUCAGGAAGUUUAAAAGAUAAAUAUGGAAAUCUUAAAAACUGGUGGACGGAUAAAUCUAAAAAAGAAUUUAAGGAAAGAUCGAAGUGUUUUAUCGAUCAGUACAAUUCCUAUGUACACAAAAUUGGCAUCGAAAAUACUGCGUACGGUAAGAAAACUUUAUCGGAAAAUAUCGCCGAUAAUGGUGGCCUUCGUCUAGCUUAUUUGAGUUAUAAAAAAUGGGUGGAAGAUCACGGUAGAGAGAAACGUCUCCCGUGUCUAGAAAAGUACAGCCCCGAGCAAUUGUUCUUUAUAUCUUUUGCUGAGUCAUGGUGUAGUUACAUUCCGUUGGAGAGUGUGGUUCGAGUUGACGAAGACAUACAUGCUGCCGAUCAAUUAAGGACUAUCCACAUUAGUUUCGAGUCAAAGAACGUAUCGUUCUCCAAAAGAUAUCCCUCUCCGCGACGGUUCGCGUUGCUCUGGCGAAGAAAGAAUUGGAAUUUGCUAUAUCCAAUGCCAGAUAGUUAGAAUUCCUGUUUGUACACAAGCGUUUCCUCCUUGCAGAUGUUACGAUUACUGAGACGAUAAAGAAAACCUUCGUGUUAUUGCGGUAAGUUUAAGAUAUUCAAAUAAAUUAAA